AUGUAUGAGUGGUUGAAAUGGGGUCCUCGCACUUGCUGUUGUCGGAUCUUAGAGACGUCACUGCGUGCGUCACUUCUUUCUUCCUUCAGAGGAGGAAAAUCUUCGGGGCAUAGAGAGCACUUGUGUGCUUCGUAUCUUCGCAUUCUCUCGCACACGAAGUGUUUAAGAUCUUCGGGCAUGAUCUCGAAGCUUCCUUUGAUAUUGAUCAGCAUCCCUUCUGUGGCCUUCUUAGUGGUGUUUGAGAUAACCAUUAUUCCUUAUCCUUCUGCAAGGACUUUAAAACCAGUGUUCGUGGAGGAGAGUUCGUCUCCUUUGUUUGUUGCUGGGCUUGGACCUUCAGUCCCCACUGGCCUGAGCUCGCCGUCCCGCCACCGUUCUGCCCUCUGCUUGCUGCCACCUAAAAUGCCGUCUCUCCAAACAGCAUUGCCUCCCGAGCUUGCGAACAAUGCCAUCAGGGCUAGANGGCUAUAUCGUGAAUGCCUGCGUCGAGCUAAAUAUAUUGGUUCAAAGGUAACUAAUGUAUCAGUUCAAAAGCUGAAGGAUGAUGCUGCAAGAGGACUGAUUAAUCACAUGUUGUACGAGUCUGAGAACUUGACCGGCCGAAAAUCCAGCAGCAAAAGCACUUGA